GAUAGAAAUACAUUCAGCAAAGUCUUUUUAAAUAUCGGGAAACGUGUGCUUAUGCUAACUUCAAAAACAACGACACAUUAAUAGAAGCAACAACUAAAACAGCCGCAGCAGAAAUAGAAACAAAUCACACAAUCAUCAAGCUACCGUGUUUACAUUUCGAUUUCGAUUCAUUUCGAUGGUCGGGCUCGACUGCCUCUGAUAAUUUGCAUGCAUCCUACAGAUACAGCAACAGACGACGACGACGACAACAAUAACAAGAAUAAAAUUAAUAAUAGCAGCAACUAUACGAGUGCGUCAUAUUGUUGUGGCUUUGGUGUUUUUACUUCAAUUGCGCGUUCGCGUUACUCUAAAUUAAUUAUUUUAUGUGUACAUUUUGCAUUGUUUUGCUUUAUUUCGCAUUCGCGUCGUGUUUGUCCACGAAUGGAGAAGUGUGGGAGCUUUUCUCGUCAAAAGUAUUUUGCAAUCGCUGGAGUGUGUAGUCACAGCAGUUGCUGUUUGACGACGAAUUAAGGUGUAAAGCGAGCAGCGGAACCAGAAGCAGAAGCUCGAUAAAGGCGAAUACAACAAAAACAACUCAAAGAACGAAACAUAAACAUCUGAAAAAUAAAGUGCGCAUAGAAUGCGAACAUAAAAACAGCUGAUCGGGCGCGACAAAAAGCUAACAGCUCCAGCUCCAGCCAAAGAAAGAGAAGGAGGAGAGUGGGAGCACAAAACGACGUGAUAAGGAAUAGCAAUAACAGCAACAGCCAUUAUGCACUUGCACUUAUAAAAUGACAAAUGCUAGAACUGAUAUCCUGCGCACUUAAUUGCUCAAUGUGAAUUAAUUUAGAUGUGCUAGAAUGGCCGUGCUAUCAAAAUAUAUAGACCGCAUAGCGGAAAAAUAUGAGCAGACCGGUCUUACAAAGCACGCGUUUAGCUACGCUCUGGUCGGGACCGCCCUUCUGGCCCUCACCAUCAAAGUCACCGUACCGUAUGUGAAAAACUUGCAAGAGGGCUCAGCGAAGAAGUCUAAAACAAAAGUCAACAAUGGGGCACUCACCCCUCUAGUGGCCAGCUCAGACUCGGAUGGGACGGAUGAGGACUUUAAGUUGGCCGAGGCAGAGAAACUUCUGGUGGCGCAGCAACUGAAGAAGAAGAACAACAAGAAUUUGCUGGAGCCCGGUCUUAACAAAGAGUUUUUGAAUCAGCUAAGUAGAUUGGUUAAAAUAAUGAUACCACAGGCGCUUUGUUAUGAGACUGGCCUGCUUAGUGUACACACAUUGUGCCUGAUAUCCCGCACAUUCCUGAGCAUUUACGUGGCCGCUCUGGAAGGUGCUAUCGUCAAGUUCAUUGUGCGCAAGGAUGUGAAACAGUUCGCCCUUGUGCUGCUCAAGUGGUUCGGAAUAGCGAUCCCAGCUACAUUUAUAAACUCGAUGAUUCGAUUUUUGGAGAGCAAGCUGGCUCUGGCCUUCCGAACACGAUUGGUGCGACAUUCGUAUCGCCUGUAUUUCAAAAAUCAAAAUUACUAUAGGGUAUCCAAUUUAGAUGGUCGCAUAGAAAACGCAGAUCACAGACUUACCGAGGACAUUUCAGUGUUUGCCAGCUCAGUGGCCCAUUUAUAUAGUAGCUUGACCAAGCCCUGCUUUGAUCUGAUGCUUAUCGGUUUGGCUCUAAUGCGGUCAUCCCAGAAAAUGAAGGCCAACAUGCUUUUAGGUCCGGCCUUAUCCGUCAGCGUUAUAUCACUGACGGCUCACAUUCUGCGCAUUGUCUCGCCAAAAUUCGGUCAGUUGGUGUCUGAAGAAGCCAACCGAUAUGGCUAUUUGAGGCACAUACACUCGCGUAUCAUUACCAAUGCCGAGGAAAUUGCUUUCUAUGGUGGUCACAAGGUGGAGAUGCAGCAGCUGCGUCAGGCCUACAAUCGGCUGGUCAAUCAAAUGAAUAAUAUUUUCACACAAAAGCUCUGGUUCGUCAUGUUGGAGCAAUUCUUUAUGAAAUACGUGUGGUCGGGCACGGGUAUGGUCAUGGUAUCCUUGCCGAUUCUAACUGGUGGUGGUGCCUCGGGCAGCUCCAGUGCCGAUGGAAAUGGCAAUGAAGAUGGGCAGGGGAACGAUUCAAGUUCGAGUGUUAGCGAACGCACACAAUAUCUGACGACUGCUCGAAAUCUUCUGAUUUCGGCAGCCGAUGCUAUAGAACGAUUGAUGUCGUCAUAUAAAGAGAUUGUAGCUCUGGCUGGGUACACUUACCGGGUAGCCGGUAUGCUAGAGGUAUUCGAGGAGACUGCACAGGGAAUUUAUAGCAAGGCAACGGUGGCUGAGAACGAUGAGAUGAAUGGCAUUAUUGAGUUCCGAGACGGCAAGCCCAUAGCCAAGGGUCGCAUUAUCUACACCGACGAUGCUGGCAAUAUGUCCAUUAGCUUGCGAGCAGUUCCAGUUGUGACGCCCAAUUGUGAUAUUGUUGUGCCAAGUCUGACCUUGUGCAUUGAGCCGGGUGUACAUGUUCUGAUAACGGGGCCCAAUGGGUGCGGCAAGUCCAGCCUGUUCCGUAUUCUGAGUGGACUGUGGCCCAUUUAUGCGGGAGAGUUGCAUAUUCCACGACCCGUCGAGGAUAAGCCGUGUAUGUUCUAUAUUCCGCAACGGCCGUAUAUGUCAAUUGGUAGUCUGUGUGAUCAGAUCAUAUAUCCCGAUACGCGGGAGGAUAUGAAGCGCAAGGGCAUAACUGACGACGAGUUGAGAAAUAUUUUGAAAAUGGUCAGCUUGGAGCACAUCGGGCAACGUGAUAGUUUCGAUGUGGUGCGCGACUGGAAGGACAUACUAUCUGGUGGUGAAAAACAGCGCAUGGCAGUUGCUCGCCUCUUCUAUCACAAACCGCGAUACGCCCUUCUCGACGAGUGCACCAGCGCUGUAUCUAUUGAUGUGGAGAGCUCGAUAUACGAAGUUGCCAAGAGCAUGGGCAUCACCUUGCUGACAAUAACUCACAGACCUACCCUAUGGAAAUUCCAUACACACAUACUGGAAUUCGAUGGACAGGGUAGCUGGAGAUUCCGAAAAAUGGACGCCAAUGAGCAGCAGAAAGAAAAGUUCCUUCACUAACUGCCGUUGAGUAUUACAUAUACGUAUAUUACAUACAUAUAUACAUACAUUACGUAUGGAGAGAGUGAAAGAAGGGGAAUUAGAAGAAUUAAGAGAGAAUGGCAAACACAAUGCUGCAUAUAAAAUGAAAAAUAUAGAACACAAAUGAAAAAUAA